AUGUACGUAAAGGAUGAUAUCCCACAGCUUGCCAUUGUGAAAGGUGUUGUGAUCUGGUUCGUCGCUGUGGUUGGUCUGUUGGCAAAUGUGAUCGGUUUUAUCCUAAUGUUUCAAGUGGAAAUAAACUUUCCCGCCACACGAUUGUUACUGCGUCAUCAGUUUGUUUGUGAUGCCGUAGGUUGUGUUGUCGUUUUGGCCUACUGGAUCUCGUUCUAUAUAGACGUUCCACUUGCCUUGUUACAAGGUACUGCAUUUGCAGCCCUCUGGUCCAGUUAUUAUACGUUCUGGUUUGUGGUUGUUCUCAGUUCCGCAACGCUAGCCAUGCUUUCAUUGGAUCGAUUCUGGGCGGUGGUUUUGUUCCGCACUUAUCCACGCGAUUCGAAAUAUUACACCACAUUUCUGAUGGUGGCUAUAUGGACUUACACAGUUCUAGUCACUUCACCCACUGCCAUUAUUGCCUACUACACACGUAAUCCCCCGAAUUAUUCCAUUAUUUUGAUCAGUCGCGUACAUGCGGUCUUUGUUCUCGUGUUUGCUUAUCUCACACCGGGGAUCAUUAUUUGUCUACUUCAAGUAAAGGUGAUCAUGGUUUUACGAAAAUUGAGAAAAAUAAACGGACCCGACAAGAACAAUUACGGCAGAAAGCAGUCGACUACUGACGGGGUGGACUCGAAUGUGAAUGCUAUUUCAAUCGGAAUCAUUGCAAUGAUAGUGACGAAUGAUUUUGCCCUCGUUCGACUCACUGAAUUGAGGUUUACAUUCCCGAUUCCCAGCUACUUUACCAUACCGUAUGCAAUGACCAAACUUGGCAUCUUCCAUAAUGUGACGAAAAAUAAUUCUUAUGGGGAUUUAAGUGCAACAGAUAUCUUAGACAACCUGUUUGGUUGA